CCUCUUCGCAUCGCACCCUCGUAAUAGAAAUGUCAUGUGCUAUCCACGUGACUGAAUUUUUCGUACCCUCGACUCUUUUCUUUUGGCCCAACAGUUGAUUUUUUUUUCUUUGUACAAACGAUAAAAAGUUAAACGAAAUGAAAUGGUGAAUUUGUUUAGGCGCUUGAUACGUUUGCAAAAAGAAGACCAAGGUGUCUCUGGCUCAAGAUCAAAUAAUAAUUAACAGUCACAUUCGCUCAGCAUAUGAGGACAGGCUCUUCAAGAUACUAAACUCCCUUUAAAGAAAAACCAGCAAAAAAAUCACAAGAAGGCGCCUAAUUCCAUUGCAAUACCUCAUUUCAAAGCAAUAUCCAGUUUACUGAAUAUUCCCUCCUUUCAAUAUAGAACAAAACACUAUAGGUUACAGAAUAUGACGCUAAGUCCUCCGUUUAUUGUCUCUUCUCCUGGGAAAGUCAUCAUUUUCGGUGAACAUGCUGCUGUUUUUGGUAAACCCGCUAUCGCAGCCGCUGUUUCAUUGAGAACAUAUCUUUUAGUCUCUCCAAGUGAUAGCAAAGAUGAAAUUAUACUAGACUUUCCAGAUAUUGGUCUAUAUCAGACAUGGAAAAGUUCAGAAUUACCUUGGUCAAUUGCUGAAAAAUAUAGAACUGAAAAACCUCAACCAACUGAUGAAUUAGUUCCUGAAAUAGUUUCUGAAAUUUCCAAGAUGUUGAGUGAUCUGGAUAAAAGUAUAUACUAUGCUGCUGCUAGUUCAUUCUUGUAUUUAUAUGUCAAUUUAUGUCACAAGAAUUCAGAAGGUUUGAGAUUUACUGUUCGUUCAACUUUACCUAUUGGUGCUGGGCUAGGGUCUUCUGCCUCAAUUUCAGUUUGUCUCACAGCUGCUUUAUCAUUAUUGGGUAACCAUGUUAAACCUGCAUCUUUGAAGAAAGAUGAUCUAACUGCGGAUAAUGAAGAUUCUUUAUUUAUUGAUUCUUGGGCUUUUAUGGGAGAAAAAUGUAUCCAUGGUAAUCCUUCAGGUAUUGAUAAUGCUGUUGCAACUCAUGGUGGUGCUGUCAUGUUUCAAAGAAUGCAAAGUUCCAUCCCAAGUGUUCGUACUACAAUGAGAAACUUCCCACCAUUGAAAUUAUUAUUGACAAAUACAACACAACCGAGAAGAACUGCCGAGUUGGUUGCUAAUGUCACAAGACUAACUAAUGAGUAUCCAAAGACAAGCUCGAAUAUCUUAGAUGCUAUUGAAUCAUUAACCAGAGAAGCUUACAACAUCAUGAUUAGGCCAUUCUUGGAUGAACAUGCUAGAAAUAGACUUAGAGAGUUGUUUCAAAUCAAUCAUGGUUUAUUAGUGGCCCUAGGCGUUAGUCAUCCAACCUUAGAAAGAGCUAGAAUGUUGACGGAUGAAUUGAAUAUUGGUAAAACAAAAUUGACAGGUGCAGGUGGUGGUGGAUGUGCUAUUACAUUGUUGAAUGAUGAAGUUGAUGAGAAAGUUUUGAAAAAUCUGGUUGAAAAAUAUGAUGCAUUAGGUUAUCAAACGUACGAGACUUCUUUAGGAGGCAAAGGUGUUGGAUUUUUAACUCUGAAUAAUGGGUUCUCUUUCAAACCUGAAGAUUUCAAAAACUUCAAAACAAACGAAGAAAUUGAAGCUACUAUCGGUGUUGGUAAUUGUGAAGGAUGGAAGUUUUGGUGAUUUGGGGUUGAGUCCCUUUUUUCUUUCGAUUCUAUAUGAAUUGUGUGAUGGUGAUUUGUAUUUGUCUUGUGUGAUAAGUUAAGCGUUUUUUUUGUUCUAAAAUAAGUUGCUCUGUUUUAUUGAUUUUGCAUUUUUAUACCCAUUCCAUAAUUGUUAAUAUUGUUAUAUCUACUUGCUUUGUUUUAUUUAUUUUUGCAUCCUCC